ACAGUGUCAGGAAUACAAUAGUGCUCCGUGCAGCUUCAGCCGCCACCGCGCUGCCGCCGCCCAACCGCCUGCCCGGCGCUGAGGCCUGACGGGCCAGGCGGGUGAGGGCCGAGGGCGGGAGCUGAGGCGCAGGGGGCGGCCCCAGCGGAACAGGCGGCUGGGCGGGGGAGGGGAGGAGAUUAGGGGGCAGGUGCGAGGGAGGGGAGAGAAGAAAGCGAGCAGUUCGGGGGGCGGUUACCACUCCUACCAGACUCUCCCGGCACUCUGCCGGGCCCGAGCGUGGAGCCGGGAGGGAACCGCGACUGGCUGCGCGAAGGAUGCUCCAAAAUGAAACGUCAUAGAACGUUCAGCAGCAGUGACAGUUCAGAUGAGAGUCCUUCCACUUCCCUUACUGGCUCAAUGUAUAGGAACAAGUCAAAAAUUCCAAAUGAACACAAGAAAUCUGCUGAGGUAUUCCGAAAGGACCUCAUCAGUGCCAUGAAACUUUCAGAUUCUCACCACAUCAAUCCUGACAGCUAUUACCUCUUUACGGAUACAUGGAAAGAAGAGUGGGAAAAGGGUGUCCAGGUACCAGCCAGUCCAGAUACUCUUCCACAGCCUUCCCUCAGGAUUGUAGCUGAUAAGAUAAAGGACGUUCUGUUUAUCCGCCCCCGGAAGUAUAUCCAGUGCUCUCUCCCAGAGACCACAGAGCCUGGCUAUGUCAACAUCAAGGAGCAGGCAGCAUCUGUGUGCCGCUAUGACCUAGAUGACAUGGACAUCUUCUGGCUCCAGGCACUUAAUGAAGACCUUGUAGAAAUGGGUUGUGAGCCAGUUGAUGAGAAUCUUAUGGAAAAAACGGUAGAAGUCCUGGAACGCCAAUGCCAUGAAAAUAUGAACCAUGCUAUUGAGACAGAGGAAGGGCUAGGCAUAGAGUAUGAUGAAGAUGUGAUCUGUGAUGUGUGCCGGUCUCCAGACAGUGAAGAAGGGAAUGAUAUGGUGUUCUGUGAUAAGUGUAACAUCUGUGUACACCAGGCCUGCUAUGGCAUCCUUAAGGUCCCAAAAGGCAGCUGGCUAUGUCGAUCCUGUGUCCUGGGCAUUCAUCCACAGUGUGUGUUAUGUCCAAAGAAAGGUGGAGCCAUGAAGACCACCAAGACAGGAACUAAAUGGGCUCAUGUUAGCUGUGCACUGUGGAUUCCAGAGGUCAGCAUUGGCUGCCCUGAAAGAAUGGAACCAGUCACGAAGAUCUCACACAUCCCACCCAGUCGAUGGGCCUUAGUCUGCUACCUUUGCAAGGUGAAGACAGGAGCUUGCAUUCAGUGCUCGGUGAAAAGCUGCAUUACUGCCUUCCAUGUCACCUGUGCCUUUGAGCACAGCUUAGAGAUGAAAACCAUCCUAGAUGAGGGGGAUGAAGUAAAGUUUAAGUCUUUCUGCCUCAAACACAGCCAAAACAGGCAGAAGCUCGGGGAGGCCGAGUAUCCCCUACACAGAGCUGCAGAGCAGAGCCAGGCCAAAAGCGAGAAGACCAGCCUGCGAGCACAGAAGCUUCGGGAGCUGGAAGAGGAGUUCUAUACCCUGGUCAGUGUGGAAGAUGUGGCCACAGAGCUGGGGCUUCCCAAACUAACUGUGGACUUUAUCUAUAACUACUGGAAACUGAAGCGGAAAAGUAACUUCAAUAAGCCAUUACUUCCUCCGAAGGAGGAUGAAGAGAAAGGCUUAGUGCAGCCAAAAGUGGAAAGUAUUCACACUCGCAUGAGAAUGUUUAUGCAUCUACGGCAAGACCUAGAACGGGUCCGAAAUCUGUGCUACAUGAUAAGCAGGCGAGAGAAGCUGAAGCUGUCAUACAACAAAGUGCAGGAACAGAUCUUCGGUUUGCAAGUCCAGCUUCUUAACCAGGAAAUGGCUGAAGGACUUCCUUUGACAAGUGCGCCAGAAAACUCUUACCCACCACCAAGAAUUACCUUAAAGUUAAAAAUGCCUAGAUCAGCUGUGGAAGACCGCCGAAACAGCUCCACAGAGCUUGAUCAUGGACCCCUCUCUCAUGACAGCAACUCCCCCGUUCACAAUAUGGGGAACACACAAGUGCCUCAGGAAUUAUUAGACAUGAGAAUGAAAUCGUACCCGAGGCAUCCAUUAGAGAGCAAGAAUAACUGUUUGCUGACCAAUCUGGGCCUUUCUAGGAGCGAAUCAAAGGAUCCCAGUCCUGCUUGGACAACUCCAUCUUCGGAGUUCUAUCAUGGGCAGUCACUGGGUAAACCCCUAGGUCUUCAGGCUGCCCUGCAUGGACAGUCCUUAAUUGGGAAUGGGAAAAAUAAGCCUAACUCCAAGUUUGCCAAAUCCAAUGGCCUGGAGGGCAGCUGGUCUGGGGAUAUCACCCCAAAAGAGAGCUCGAGUGAGAUGUUAUGUGACCAGGAUUCCAUGCUUAGCUCCCACUUGGCCAGUCAGGGCAGCUUUAGAAAACCUACCGUGGAACACUUCAGCAGGUCCUUUAAGGAGUCCACCAACAGGUGGAUGAGGACCACAGAGGGCCUCCAGUGCUCUGGGAGGCCAACCAAGAAUGUUAACCCCAAGGAGCAGCUCUGGGGCAAGCAGCUUGUUAGGCGUUCUGCAGGGAAAGCUCCAUAUCAGGAAAAUGAUGGGUAUUGCCCAGAUCUGGAGCUAAGUGAUUCAGAAGCAGAAAGUGAUGGUAAUAAAGAGAAAGUCAGGGUAAGGAGAGAGAGCUCAGACAGGGAGAAUCCUCCCCAUGACUCUAGACGGGAUUGCCAUGGUAAAAGCAAGACAUAUCCCUUCUCCCACAGUUCAAUGCAAAGGUGAUUAACAAAUUUUUGCCUUUGCCUCAUAUGUUGUGGAAAACCCUACACCAAAAGGGUUCUGGCAUAUGUUGGGGAGGAAUUUCGGUGAAAAGAAUAAAAUGUUUCCACAGUAAAUUGGCUUGCAAUUUCUGAACCGGUUUCAAGUCUAGUUUUCAUAAGCACAUUAUAAGAAUUGCAAAUUGUCCAAAAGGUUUUUUUUGCCAGAGACUAUUGAGAACAGCUGGACCCAGAAUAUUUGUUCAGUAAAUACUUUAGGGAAGCUUUCCAGUUAUAUUAACACAUUGAUGUGUGUAUGUAUUAAGAAUCCUUGCACUGUUAAUAAGCUUGCAAGAGAUCAUAAUUAUCAGACACUAAAACUACUUAUCUUUUGAAGCUACAGCAUGUGACUCCUAGAGCUCCUGUCUGUAGGAAGUUUCUAACUCCACUGGUAUCUGGAAACCCUCCUCAGGGAAAGACCAGGGACCAACAUCUCAGAUACUGACAAACUUACUACCCUUUUCCAUCCUCUGUACAAGGUUGAGUUCCUUUCAGAGGAUCUUAAUUUACCAGUUCAAUACUACUAAUGCUUCUAAGUGUCCAGUGCCUGUUCCUAGACUUGCUUGUUGGGGACGCACUUGUAACUGUUUCACCCAGCUAACAAGCAUAAAAGGCUAACUUGUGGAUAGUGUUUACAAAAGUACUACUUCCAAGGAAAAUGCUCUGAUUCUCUCAGUGUAGGCAUUUGUGAAGGAUCCCAGAGCCUUUCCCAAAGUGAGACCAUUUCUGGGGGAUUUGUACCAGGUCAGGGUUUUUGUGUUAUUGUUUUCAAAUAAGUUUGACUUAAGUUUGGCUAACAGUUUUUGUAUACCUGCUUUAAUGUUUAUAAAAUUUUUAUUGAGGUAUAAUUAAAAUAUAAAAUGCACAGAGGUUAAGUAUUCUUACCUCCUUUAAUUUUGAAACAGAUUUUUAUUGUCAAACAGAAUUUGAAAGCAUGUGUUCAACACAUGGAUAUAAUUUAGCUUUGUACCAACUUUGAAUCCGAAGCAAUUUUCUAAACAAAAAGGCUGGAGCCAUUUUUCAGAAGUUGCUUAUAUAACCCUGUUCCCAAACUAUCAGCUUUGAUUAAUUCCUGGGAGGAAGAGAAUGAUUACAUUUGGGGGUGGGAUAAACAUGUCUGCUUCCCAUUUAAAGAAAGGGAAAACAUUAAAGUUUUUAAAAUGUGAAGCCAACUAUAAUUCUCUGCUCUCUUUUCUUCUUAGCCUUAAGUUAAUAUUCUCUUUCUUCUAGUUUGGGAAAGUAUAACGGGGAUUUUCAGACAACAGAGGCCAUUUUAGAGGUUUAAAGUUGCUUUCUGGUAAAACAGUCCAGCUGCAGUAGGUGCUAGUCAGUAAAGGCAAGGGCCCCUCAAUGUGGGUAACUCAGCAGUUUCUUUUCCCCACUUUUGUUCUUAUAGCCUUGUUAAUGGAUUUCUUUGCUUCUGUUUUUGCCUCCUUUUCUGAAAACUUCUGUAUUUUGCUUAUCCUUUGGCCACACCUUCAACAUGUUUCUUUCAUGCCUAUGUACAUGUGUGAACAUGCCCUAGCAUGUAUGGGAGGUGUCCUGUAUUUUGUUUGAAAGGAGGAAUAGAAUUUCUCCUAUUUAUGCACUAGGUUUCUGUGCUUGCUUUUUUUCUCUUUUUUUUUUUUUCCUGGGGUAGAUACUAACUUGACACUUUCAGGGCAAUGAAAUGAUAAUGGAGCUGUAUUAUAAACUCCUUCUGUUAGAAGCCAGUACAGCAGCCUAUAUCCCAUCAUGCCUUUUAAUUAUGAGUAAGUGGGAGGAAAAGCAAACAUUGAAAAAGUGCUUCAGCCAAAAUUCCAUAUAUACUGCCAUUGGGAGAGUAUUGACUAAAGUAAUUCCAGUCAGGGAAAUAUAGUUGUAAUAUUUUUACAGGAUUUUCCUAGGCAAAUGAAGGAGCCUUCAGCUGUGUAAAUUUCAGUUGCCCCAAAAUGUAUUUGCUACAUUUUGCUGUUGUUUAAAGUAUUACCUCUUAACCUUCUUUGUUAUUUUUUUUGUUUUGUCUUAUAUAGUACAGUUUUCCAAGAUAAACUCAGUCUUUUUUCAAAUGUCACCUUUUUACCAAUACUUUUUCAUUAAAUUAUGAAAAUUGCUA